GAUCCCUUCCUGAUCCUUUCCCGAUCCUUUCCCAGCCUCCCUCUCCACGAUGGACGGUGACACAUGGGGACACAACCACCAAGGCAAAAUUUUGGCCAAAAUUCCAGGGAAAAGCGGGAAUUCUGAUGAGGAAUUCCUUGUUCCCUGGUGUCCGGGUGUUGGAGUCAGCCUCAGAUCUGGGAUAAUCCGUCCUUUCCUCAUUCCAGUUCUUCUGGGUGCUCCUGCUGAUCUUCCUGACGGAGCUUCUGCUGAUCCUCAUGGAGAUCAUCUUCGAGAGCAAGAUGAACGAGGUUUUCCACUCCAACAUCCAAGAGGGAAUCCGGCACUACUACGAUGACCUGGACUUCAAAAAUAUCCUGGAUUUUGUGCAGGAAAAGUUUUCCUGCUGUGGAGGGGACGAAUUCCGGGAUUGGGAAGUGAACCAGUACCACGCCUGCAACGGCAGCGGGGCCCUGGCCUGCGGGGUGCCCCAUUCCUGCUGCGUCCGCGGGGCUCCUGGAGGAGUGGUGAACACCCUGUGCGGGUACCGUGCCCUGGACAAACAGCAGGAAUUUGGGAUCCUCUCUCUGCUCUCCCAGCGCCUGGAGCUGAUCGGCACCAUCCACGUCCGGGGCUGCAUCCACGCCGUGGGGCUCUGGCUCAAGGACAACUUCCAGGCCACCUUGGCCAUCGUCUGCUCCCUGCUGCUGCCUCAGGUAUGUGGGGGAUCCUUCAGGAAUUCUCUCCUGGAUUCCUGGAAUUCCCAGUUGGACAGACCCACAAGGGAUGAGCUCCCAGUUUUGGGGUUUUCAGCUCCAGCCCCGGCCAGGGGAGCCGGUCUGAGGGCUCAGCUCCUUUCGCUGUGCUGGAGGGUGGAGAAGAAAUCCUUUGGAAUCCCAAUUCCAAAUGGGAUUUGUGGCUGGGGCAGGAAAAGUCAUCCCUGGCAGAGUGGGCUUGGAUUCCUCCUGGAAUCCAAAAUUUGGGAUCCAGGAACAGCCCCUGGAAGCAAAUCCAGCAAAUCCUGCCACAUUUGUCCUCCCAGCCCUCAGCAAACAGAGCGGGAAUGGGACUCCAGGUAAAUCCCAAUCCCAAAUUCCACUCCAGAUAAAUCUCAAUCCCAAAUUAAGCGGGGUUUGCCAGGCCUUGGAUCUCCCCUGAGUUAUUCCUGACCAAGCUGUGAGGAUUUGCUGUGGAUUUGACCUUUUCUGGGAUUUAUUUCAAGGCCCACCAAAACCUUCCCUUCUGUGCCAGCAUUGGGAUUGCUGUGGGUGGCGCUUCCCAAGGGUGGGGUUUGAUCCCAAAGGGAAUGAAAUGAUUCCUGGUUUUAUUUUUGAAGUUCUUCCCGGUUUUCUGCUUGCACCAAGGGGCAGGA